AUGGAUUCAAGGAAUCCAUAUAGCCAGUAUACUAGCUAUGUCGGGCUUCUUCACAGCCAACGUGAAAAUGUUGGCAACGAAAACUUUCCUUAUGAAAGUUUUCCUUCUAGUGUAUAUCCCGGAGCCUCAGAAAUCCCUCCUUUCAGUUUCCAACAAUCUGAGGCUCCAGCUACACCUGAAGACACACCCGCGGAGCGUCGGGAGAGAAAAAAAUGGACUCCAGCUGAUGACGAGAAGUCAAGCACUUUCUGGCAACGAGUUGGAGAUUACUACGCAUCAAGUCCUCAUGUUAGAGCGGGCGGUGAGAAGACAGAACAUAACCAUUGUAAGCAGAGGUGGCAUAAGAUCAACGAAUGGAUGAACAAGUUCUGUGGAGCAUUCGCUGCUGCAGAGAGACAAAAAGCCAGUGGACAAAGUGAGAACGACGUUCUAAAGCUGGCUCAUGAAAUCUACUACGCGGACCACAAGCAGAAGUUUACCGUUGAGCAUGUUGUUGCGGUUUCAAAUGUAGCAUACUGA